AGCAGGCAGGCAGAGAGUGCACUGCUCAUCCUUUCAGUUUUGUCAGUGUAUGGGAAUGCUGGACAUCAACACACAGCGAGGGAUUCGGCCGAAAGCACUCCUCCUUGGCGUCUGAUCCCUGCUGCUUUCACCCCUGGUUGGGAGAUACAGAUGUCAGAAGCCAAUACAGACAAGGUAAAAAUCAAACCAGCAGAAAGUUUUGAACAUGACAAGCAAAAUAUUUCUUGGCUGAAGAAAGACAGCUGCACCAGCUCCCUGCCUCUCCCGGUGCUCCCUGGGGUGACUCCAAGCAGUGAGGACCAGCCAGAUAACCAUUUUACAAAUGAAAAACAUACAGAUGAAAAGCCUAUGAAAGACAUGGUUAUGAGCUCUGUCACAGAAUUCAGCAUCACAGGUGCCUCAUCAAAGGGUACCAAAAAUGAGAAGAAAUUCUCAGAUGCCAGCACAUCAUCCAUUGCUUCCCUGGAGAAAUGCAGAGAAUUCACUUACAUUGAAGAUGACGCAUCAGUACAUCAGAGAGACAGUGAUGAUGAAUGUGCGACACUUAUCCUGGCCUGCUUGUUCUGCCAGUUUUGGGACUUUCUUAUAAUGCUGCCUGAUACCUGUGAACAUUGGCUGAUAGAUACCUGUUGUCCAUCCAAUAGAUACUACCAGACCUCAGAUGAAGACCACGCCAACAAUGACUGCAACUGUGACUGUGACAUUGAUUGCAGCCUUUUUGAGUCCUGCCACGAGACUGGUGAAUGCCUGGAACUUGCCAUGGAGAUUUCUGAAGUCUGCUAUCGCUAAUAGGGAAAUAAUUGGCAAAAUCCCUCAAAACUACCUGAAAGUAAACUGACAGAGUACAAAGGAGGGUUUGUUGGGGUUUUUUUUAGAGAUAACAAUAAUAACUAGAGUGUUUGCCAACCAGGACUAUGUGCAUCAGGCUGCUCCCACCCUGGAGGUCUGUAUACAUGUACUAUUUUGGUUGUGUGAUUUCACAAACUGCUGAAACCAAUAAAGGGUUUAAAGAAGACCAAAAAGGGUCUUCUCCUUUGCUGUAGACAACAACAGAAUUCCUAAGUGCCAAGAGUGCUCAAUGCUUUACCCACUGUCAGUCCAAGGCUUUUAUAAACCUCCAAUUGCUUUAAACAUGGAUUUCCCCAUUCAUAAACACAGGACAAAUUAGGAUGUUAUUUUAGGACUGAUAUAUAUUAGUUCAUCUUCCUAAUGGAUUCAUACCUAAACAUAUAUUACACAUUGUUGGUUAUUAUUAAUAAUGUAUGAUAUAGCAUCAUUUUGUAAUUAAAAAUUUAUUUAUUCAAUCUCUUAAAACACACUUAUACACUCAGUUUAGGUAGAAAAGAAAAUUAAAUGAAUUAGAAACCAUGCUAGCAGUAAUUACAGCAAAUGUCUCUAAAAAUCUCCAGUGAAUUUUGUAGAGGAAGCAUUUUAACAGGGUAGUGCAAUUCGACAGUGUAUUAAUGUGCGUGCCUAUGGUUAUGUAAUAACAGGUUAUGCCUAUUGUUCAUUAGUUAUAGGAAAGGGCUCCUUAAGUGUAAUUAGCCUAAAUGGGAAUUGACUGCACGCUUCCAGAGGAUAAUUACCCCGUGGAUAGCCAGUAACUCCUUUGCCUGAUUUUCAUUUGUAAGAAUUCUGCAAGCAGCAGAAUAUUGCCACCCAUUCUAGCGGAAACAGGCAUCUCCACCUGCGCACAAAAGAUUGCAAAAUGACAGUAUCUAUCCUGGCUGUGCAUUCAAAACUCCCUCUAUUUCUUUUCUGAUGGCAGGUCUGAUUAAUAAAAUGGAAAUACAUAUUUCACAUUACACAUAUGACAACAAAAGCAUGUAAAUUCAGCUGCCUGAGGGUGCAGAAUGCACGUACUAAGCACAGAGGAAAACACAGUGUUGCUUGCUCACAUUAGAUAUUAAUAGACUAACACCAAAGACAGUGUUUGCUUUGUAUAGGCACUGAAACUUCUUCCUAAACCCCACUGAUCUCAGUGCAUAAGUGUGUGAGGAAUCCCAGACAAGAAUCCUGAAUAAGAUGCUGGGGUACUCAGCAUUGUUAAAAUCAUUGGACUCACUUGUUUAAUAAUCCGAGUUUCAAAUCUGUGUUCCUAACAAAUGAAUAUUUAAUUGAAACACAAAUUUAUGUGAAUUUCCUGCUUUUUUCCCCCCAAGUUCUGGAAAAUUCAUGUUUUCAAAAAGUCAGUAAGUAAGAAGUAGGUAGAACUACUAAUGAUCUUAUCUUACAAAGGUUAGCGACACAAGGCCAACAAACAUUAGAAAUGCAAAGAGAAGGUCAGCACACCUUGUUUCUGUGCUCCUUCCAGAACAUCAAUGGGGAUUCCUAGUUUUAACUGAGAUACAACAUUAUGAGUUGUAGUCACCUGAAGGAACAAAGUCAUUAGUCUUUAAUUGCCGCACCCGUGCUAGCUGGCCUGCUCUGUCUGGACCCAGCCCCAGAAAGCACUAACCAUUCCUAUCCCAGAGGAUCUGGUUUUGCACACCCUGGGCUGGGAAAUGCUGAGUGUUAAUGCUCCAGUUUGCACUCUCCCACAGAUUUUGACCUUAAAUUUCUCAACAGUGAGUCUCACGACUAAACUCUCAGCACAAUUUAUCAGGACAUCUUAUCAGAGGCUUGGUUAAUUCCACUUUCCGUCAUAGCUUGCUCUCAACAAAGUGGCAACAGGGCACCUAUGAAUAAAGACACUAACCCAAAGCAUUUUAGAGUGAGAAAAGGGGGAAAUUUGCACCACAUACCAUUUCAUAGAGAAGUACCAAUAGAAAUGCAUGCUGGCCAUUCUUGUUCUUGAUGCUGCUGUCUAAAAGGGUAGAUUUCGUAUACAAAUGGCUGGAAGGAGCCCAAGAGAGGAAACCAGAGGGUGGCAUAUUUCAGAAUGCUGCCACUGAGGGAUGCGGAGAUAGGGAAUUUGUCUUGCAAACCAGAAUGUCUCCUUCCAGCUCUGAGCCUUUAAGGUAAUACAUACUGACCACUCUGGGAUCAACCAUGGCAAGUGAGGUCUCCAUAUAUCAGCUAUGCAGCUGAAUUAAGGAAUCCUGGCACAAACA